GCUUAACAUAGUGGGGUGUUGAGCACAUAUGAAACGGCAGCGCGACUUGGUCAGGGUUGUACGCGAUUCUCUCUUGUUUCAUUUUAUAUAAGAUUAUAAUAAUCAAAUAUAAAUGGAACAAUUUUUUCACUCUUUAACAGUCGAAGGAUAACGAUUUAAGUUGUUGCUUCAGUCCUUUGAUGAGCGUCAAUGCACUCGAUGAAAGCAAAUAUGGAAGAGGGCAGUAACAAACAAGAAAGCCAGUCAAUCAAAUCACCAAGAAAACUAAAAAAUCAGAAUUAAAGAAAACAGCGAUGAUUCAGGUAAAAUGCUUUUAAACAAGGCGAAAACCUUCGAUCUGAAAAAGCCCACAAAGAAGACUGUUGAUGUUGAACAUCAAAAUUCAAAACAAAAUAAAAAUAUAACAAUAAGAGAUAUUUGUUCAUUAACCAAAAAAAUAACAUGUAUCAAUAAUGAAAAUAUGUUUAAUCAGAGAUCAACAGACACUGUAAUAAAGAAGAAAUCAACGCGUUCAAAAUAUAGGAUUCAAUCAAGCUCCAGCAGUGACGAUGAAGAUGUUGUAGGAGUGAAAUAUAAUAAAAAAACUAUCCCACUAGACGCAACCACUGAAGAAAUCGAUGAAACUUGCAUUAGUUCUCAUGACAGCUUGAUGGAAACUCAAGAAUCUAUAGUUGUUAUGGAGCGUCGUGAUAUAAUAUUGACUGCAGUUUUUGGAACUUUUGGCGCUAUCAGCAUAUUCAUUGGUCUUUGCUUAGCAGCCUGGCGAUAUCUUCGAGAUAAGAGAUCUAAAGAUCUUAUUAGUGACUGUGACAAUGGAAUAGAUAGUGAAAAUAUUGUAAGCGUUGAGGAAUCACAACAGUAUUAUAAAAAAAAUGGACUCCUCAACUUCAAAACACCACUUAUUACGAGCAAAACUGUUGGAGGAACGAGUAGUCCAGGAAGUAAAUCACCAGCUGCUGGAAGCUGCAGCCCAGGAGGAGGAACGACAAUGAGUAGUGGAAUAAAUGACGCAAAAUCACCAACUGUAGCACAACCUGCUAAGCAGACACACAAUGUUAAAGACAAUUCUCCGAAAGCCUUUUUGCAGAGCCGAUCUGAUUCAUUAGUGGAUAUGUACAUUGACAAUACAGAACCUAGCGAAAAUGUUGGACAAAUUCACUUCAGUCUGGAAUAUGAUUAUCAAAAUACCACUCUUAUUUUACGUAUUAUACAGUUUUCAGUGCAAUGGGCUCAAUCGAAAAAAUGGAUACCCCGCAAGCAAGUGAUACCAGUUGAUGCGUGCCCCGGUUUAUUCAAAUCAAAUAGUUUGGGUCGUGUAUAUACCGUCAAUCCAAGGCAGACUGAGUGCUUUUAUCUGCGACUAUUGUUAGUUAAUGUCACCGGACCAUUGUCAUUUCAAGAUAUACGGAAGGUAGAUGGACAACAGUAUCCUACGUAUAAAGAUGCAUGCCUUGCUCUAGGCUUGCUAGAAGACGACAAUCAUUGGGACAGCAUGCUUGCUGAAGCAGCAUUAAACUGCACAGGAACACAAAUUCGUCUACUAUUUGCUAUAGUACUGACUACAUGUUUCCCGGCCCGAGCACAAAUGUUGUGGGAUAAUCACAAAGAUUCAAUGACUGAUGAUAUAUUGUAUCGACAUCGUACAAGGUGCAACGAUCUAACAAUAUCAUUCAGUGAUGCAAUGUACAAUGAAGCAUUGAUUGCUAUCGAGGAUCUUUGCAUUGCUAUUGCGAAUUUACCAAUCAGCCAUUUCGGUAUGAGCUCACCGAAUCGAAGUGCAUCUGAUUUACUCAACACAGAUAUGAAUCGUGAACUACAGUACGAUACUGUACAAAUGGCGAACAUUGUUAGCCGCAAUGUUCCACUACUUAAUGAUAAACAAAAAAUUAUCUACGACCGCAUCAUGCUGGCAGUUUCGGCAGGACAAGGAAGAUUCUUUUUUUUAGAUGCACCAGGUGGGACUGGCAAAACAUUUCUUAUUUCGCUACUUCUUGCCGAGAUACGAUCAAAAAAUGGCAUCGCAUUGGCCGUUGCAUCUUCUGGCAUUGCAGCAACUUUAUUAGAUGGAGGCAGAACAGCUCAUUCAGCAUUUAAGCUGCCGUUAAACAUUCAAAAUAAUCCAGAUGCAGUGUGCAACAUAAAAAAACAAUCGUCUAUGGCCACAGUGCUGAAACAAUGUAAAAUUAUUAUCUGGGAUGAAUGCACUAUGGCACACAAACAUUCGCUCGAGGCAUUGGAUAGGACAUUAAAGGAUAUAAAAAACAACGAUAAACUAUUUGGCGGCACUUUGUUACUCCUUUCAGGUGAUUUCAGACAAACACUUCCCGUUAUUCCGCGUUCAACCUACGCUGAUGAAAUCAACGCGUGCUUAAAAUCAUCGCAACUAUGGCGUAAUGUUGAAAAAGUACAACUGACGGUGAACAUGCGCGUUCAAAUGCUUCAAGAUCCAUCCGCCGAAACUUUCUCUAAACAACUGUUAGAUAUUGGCGAUGGGAAAGUUGCUGUACAUGAAAAUACUGGAUGCAUAAAAUUACAGACGGACUUCUGCACAAUCAUCGACUCGCAAAAUAGUCUUAUCGAUCACAUAUUUCCCGACGUACACACACAAUAUGCAAAUCAUAAGUGGCUGGCAGAAAGAGCGAUCUUGGCAGCUGAAAAUGUGGACGUCAAUGGGUUAAAUUUAAAUAUACAAAAGCUGUUGCCUGGGGACUUGGUGUCAUAUAAAUCUAUUGAUGCAGUUUGCGAUACCAAAGAGACUGUGAAUUAUCCAAUUGAGUUCUUAAAUUCAUUGGAUUUGCCAGGCAUGCCACCACAUCAUUUACAAUUGAAGGUUGGAUCUCCGAUUAUUCUACUUCGAAACUUAAACCCACCACGGCUAUGUAAUGGCACACGAUUAGUCAUUAAAAAAUUAAUGAAAAACGUUAUUGAAGCCAUCAUCUUGAAUGGCAAGUUUCAAGGCGAAAAUGUGUUGCUGCCACGAAUCCCUAUGAUACCUACAGAUGUGCCAAUUGAAUUCAAACGCACUCAAUUCCCAAUUAGAUUGGCAUUCGCUAUGACAAUCAAUAAGUCACAAGGACAAACAUUGUCUGUAUGUGGCUUAGAUUUGGAAACACCGUGCUUCUCCCACGGACAACUAUAUGUGGGAUGUUCUCGCGUGGGAAAACCAUCCAGUUUGUUUGUGUUGGCUAAAGACGGACUAACCAAAAAUAUUGUACACUCUAUUGCGCUAAGAGAUUAAUUUUUUUCUUUUUU